UGCGCGUCGCACGCUGCGUCAAACAUGUCUGCGGUGGAGCUCGGAGAGAGUGAGCUGAUCGCUCAGUUCGAGGAGGACGCGUCGGAGCGCGCGGGCGUCGAGGACGAGGAGCGGCUGCGGGACACAUUAGAAGCGUGCGGAGAAACUGCCGCGCGUCUCAAGGAGGAGAAUGAGGAUCUGAAGAGGAAGUUACACAUACUGAGCCGUCCCGCGAGGAUCAACAUAGAAGACUCCAGCACAGAUGGACCACUGUGUCAAAUUAAUUAUGGAAACAACAUCAUUUCCAGGCAGUGUCGGAGAGAGAUGGAGGACUUCAUCUGCUGUCUUGUCCAGAAGAGGCUCGAAGAGUGUAGCAGUGAUCCGGAAGCCUCUGCUCUUCAUGUCAAGCCUCACCACUCAGGUUUCAUUAUGGAGGAGAGCUACAAAGCGAAGCCUUCCAGUGACUCCAAGCACAUGAAGAACGCCUUCAGUGUGAUUGGGAGUGUUCUGUACUUCACCAGCUUCUGUGUUGACAAACUUGGCCAGCCGCUGCUGAAUGAAAACCCGCAGCUGACCGACGGAUGGGAGGUUCCCAAAUAUCAGCAGAUCUUUGGCCAGAUCAUUGCUCUCGAGGGCCAAGAGGUGCAGGCAGCGGUGAAAAGGCCGAGACCGUGCUGUUUUAACUGCAGCUCUGAGGACCAUCAGCUGCGAGACUGUCCACAGCCCAAAGAUACGGCUCGGAUCAGUGAAAAGAGGAAGGAGUUCUCGCAGAACAUCAGUCCGAGCAACCAGCGCUACCACGCAGAGGAGAUCGAGGAGCGCUUCACAAAGUACAAGCCGGGAACACUCAGUCAGGAGCUCCUGGAGGCUCUGGGGAUCUCCUCAAACACUCUUCCUCCGUUCGUCUAUCGCAUGAGGGAGCUGGGCUAUCCUCCAGGAUGGCUGAAGGAGGCAGAGAUGGAGGACUCCGGCCUGACACUCUACGAUGGAUCCAACAAUGAGGAUGAAGAUAACCACAGCCAAAAGGUCUCUUACGAUGUCUGCAAGCUGGUGGACUUUCCCGGCUUCAACUGUUCUGCAGCAGCCAGCGUUAGAGACGACUACAGGUCUUUCGGCUCUGUCCCGAUGCAGCCUCGGCAGUGGAAGCAAAACUUUGCUGCUUUUCUAAACCGUAACUUUCCGACGGGCUCCAGCUGCAGUAAGAGACGGCAUGAGUCUGAAUCCACAGCCCAGGAGACGAAGAAACGCAGAUCGAGUCCAGAGAAGGUGGAGAUCGAGUCAGAGCACCAGGUGUCUGGGGUUAGAUCCGAUGGGUUCCAGUUCCCUCCUGGCUCUGCUCCUCCUCUCCCGCCGGGAACGCCUCCGCCCUCACCACCCAUCCCCAGGGACACUCCACUGCUGACUCCUCCCCCACACGGGUCCCCAGCCACUCCUGCGCGAGGGGAGGAGUCUGAGGAUGGGCGGAGUCUGGAGCAGCAGCAGAGGCUUCUGGAGAGCUCCUCCAGCAGGGUCACAUCACUCAGGAGCACACCGUCUCCACCUGACGUCUCCAAGGAGGAGAGGAUCGAAGGACCAGAGCAGCGUGCCAUCGAUCUGCUAGCAGAGAUGAGGGACAUCUCUGUCCUGUCUGAAGUUUACGAGGAGUGCAGUGAUCAUGAAGCUCCAGACGCUCCUCAGACGAACACACCAGAGGACGAGCCUGCCGUGACUAAAGUGACUCUCGUCCCUCACCGGAGCCGGUUCGCUGCGGGAAUCAUUCCUUUUGAGGACACGCCGGAGUUCACAGAGGUGGCUGAAGCCACUGGGGUUUACCUCAAGAUUCGAGAUUUACUGAGAGACUCCCCGAGGAGUCAGGCCCAGAACAAGAAGUGAUGGAAGAGACUGUCCAUCUGAGCACUGUGUGCUUUUACUGUUUUCCUCUAAUCACAGUCCUUUUAUAAGUAGUUCUACUUUGUAUCUUUUUUACUGCCAUCAUGUGAUUUGCCUAGGGAAUGUUUCUUCUGUUUUCUGUAAUCUCACGGCAUGAUGACUUU